CAGCUCAAGUUGCUUUGGCACGUCUUGCUGUGGACUGCAUGAUGAGACAGUCAAUGCUCUUCCUCGGCUUUCUUCUUGUCUUCCUUGGCCUGGCCCUGCCAGGCAUCCAGGGAAAAGUCAUUUCCCGAUGUGAGAUGGUGAGGAUCCUACGUCGGAAUGGCUUUGAGGGCUUCGUGGGCAAAACUGUUGCUGACUGGAUGUGCCUGGUGAAACAUGAGAGCAAUUAUAACACUAGAGCAUACAAUAACAAUGGUCCGAGCAGGGACUACGGCAUCUUUCAGAUCAACAGCAAGUACUGGUGCAAUGAUGGCAGGACCUCUGGAUCCCAUAAUGGCUGCCAUAUCAGUUGCUCAAAAUUACAAGACGAUAAUAUUGAGGAUGAUAUUCGGUGUGCCAAGAAGAUCGCUCAGGAGGCUCAUGGCCUCACUCCCUGGUAA